AUGGCCGAUGUAGAGAUGGAGGACGCAACUGCCGAUUCUACACCACAAUCUAAGCUCAAGACGACAAAGUCUGGUGGAGUAGACACACCUACGGACAACAAGAAGAAAUUCGAGGUCAAAAAGUGGAAUGCAGUUGCUCUUUGGGCCUGGGAUAUAGUCGUCGACAACUGCGCCAUUUGCCGUAACCACAUCAUGGACCUGUGCAUCGAGUGCCAGGCCAACCAAGGAGCUGCCACAAAUGAAGAGUGCACAGUCGCCUGGGGAAUAUGCAAUCACGCCUUUCACUUUCACUGCAUAUCGAGAUGGCUCAAGACGAGACAAGUAUGUCCGCUAGACAACAGAGACUGGGAGUUCCAGAAAUACGGUCGUUAG